AUAUUUUAUCUUUUUCAUUCAUAAUAUAACCUUUUUAAAAAUAGUAAACGUAUAAACGUAAUAAUAAAACGUUAUUGUUUUUUAUUGUUCUGUGCUGUCUCUGGUGUUAUUUUUUUUAUUCAUUAACAAUAAUAAUAAAAUUUUUUACAAUAAUGGAUAAAUAUUUACGGGAAGAUUUUGAUGGAGAUAAAAGACGUUCUCGAGCCAGUAAAAAUAAACGUGAUGAUGAAAAAAGACAUUCGAGUAGUUCAAAAUCAUUAAAAAAUCAAAGAAAUCGUAACGACAGUGUAACAAAAAAAUUUAAACAUGAGGAUUGUUCUUCAAGAUCAUCAAAUAAAAAACAUUCAAAACACAAGAAGAGAAAAAGAUCGUCGUCAUCUUCGUCAUCUUCCUCGUCGUCAUCAAAUUCAUCAGGUGACUCGAUAAAAUUGAUGAAAAAACUGGAACAGCAGCGUCUGAAGCAAUUAGAAGAGCGUUGUCGUAAAAAAGAACUAUUGAAAGCAACAGAAACACCAGAAGAGAAGCGACUGCGUCGGUUAAAAAAAAAAGAAACUAAAGAACGUAAGCGAAAACAAAGGAUGGGCUGGGAUAACGAUUAUCUUCAUUAUACAAAUACAGACAAUCCGUUUGGUGACGGUAAUCUUCUUACUAGCUUUGUCUGGAAUAAAAAAAUGAAAAAAGACGGUCUCGAGGGCGUGACACGGGAAGAGUUGGAGCUGAGAAAUCGACAAAAGCAAGAGGAAAAUAAACGUGAGCUAGAAAAAGUUAAAAAACGAAGGCAAGAACGUGAAUUGGAACGUCAACAGCGUGAAGAAGAAAUGAAUAUGAUGCAAAGGGGUAAAGAAGCUGCCCAAAUGGAGCAAUGGAAGCACCAAGAGGACGAAUUUCAUCUUAAACAAGCACGUUUAAGAUCACAAAUACGAAUUAACGCUGGUCGUGCUGAACCAAUUGAUCUAUUGGCUAAAUAUAUUUCGACUGAAGAAAACGAGGAAGACGAUGAUGUCGAGAUGUAUGAGCCUUACAGCUAUCUUCGUGGAUUACAGAUAAAAGACUUUGAAAAUCUUCUUGCAGAUAUUAAAACGUGGAAAACAUUAGAACGUGGUAAAAAUUCAGAUUACUGGAAUGAUAUUACCGUUAUUGUUCAAGAUGAAAUGCAUAAAUUAAGAAAAAUUGAUAAAUCAGAGUGUGAAGCCGCAAUGGGACGUCGUGAAGGAAUAAACGAGGCCGUUGCCCAAGAUAUUACCGGAGUAUUUAAAGGAAAAUCAGCAAAGCAACUUGAAACAAUGCAGCUACAGAUUGAAAAAAAAAUAUCUGGUAAUCCUGAGGGUGUUGAUAUCGGUUACUGGGAGAGUCUUUUGUCACAGCUUAAAGCUCAUAUGGCGCGAGCUAGACUUCGAGAUCGACAUCAAGAAAAUCUUAAAAAGAAACUUGAUAUUCUUAUUGCUAAACAGGGUGUUGUUGCCAAAAGUCAAUCCGAUGAUAACAACAAAGAUAAUAAUAAUCAUCAUAAUAAAGAUGAACAAUUAGAUAUAAAUCCCAGUACCAGCCAUAGUUUUAAUAAUAAUAAUAAAAAUGAUAAUGAUAAAAAAGAGGAUAAUAGUAAGAUACCUGAUAGUAAAGAAAAUAGUAAUCACCACCAGGAGGAGGCUAAUGAUCACGAGCAUCAAUUACUUGAUGAAUUUUUCAAUGAGUAUGAUGCUGGCGGUUAUUCACCAAAGUAUAUCUCUGCUGGACAGCUUGAACCAGGAACUCUUGUUACUUUAGAAGCUGAUGAUAAUCAACGACUUGAAUUUGCAAGGCAUCAGGUAUUAAAUACAGGAAAAAAAGUUCAAAGUGUUUUAUCUCUGGAGGAACAGGCGAUGCAUCGUGAAGCAAGAAAAAAUAUGGGUGAUGAUGAAGCUCAAUUCAGUGUCGAGUCAUCUUUAGAAGCACAAAUUUACUUGUGGUCUGAUAAAUACCGACCCAGGAAGCCUCGGUACUUUAAUCGAGUUCACACUGGAUUUGAAUGGAACAAGUACAAUCAAACUCAUUAUGAUAUGGACAAUCCUCCUCCGAAAAUAGUUCAGGGAUAUAAAUUUAAUAUAUUUUAUCCGGAUUUAAUUGACAAGAGUACCACUCCAGUCUAUUCUUUAAUUCCCUGUGGUAAAACUAUUGAAAGACCAAAAACAGCUAAUCUAGAGAGGCCAACGGUCCUAGAUCCUGCAUUGGUUAAUAAAUUAGACAUGUCAUUGCUGAGUAAAGAACGAUUAUGCGAUUCAAUGACGCGAAUACAGCUUGAUCGAAGAGCUACCACCAGUAUAAAAGUAAGUGGGGGUGGAUAUACACUACCCGCCAACAAUAACAAACGAAUAGACCAGCAGCAGCAACAGCAGCAGGCCACCAGUAUUGUUCAAUCAUCAAACAACAGUAUUGUGUCGCUCACUGAGGCUAAAACAUUUUUUAUUCGCUCUAAACGACCUACCUUUCAACACCUUAUUAAUAAUUAUUAUUUAUACGAUCAACCAACAACAACAACAACAACAACAACAAUAAUGCCUGUUAAUCACAAACUUGAUCCAGUGAUGGUUAAAAAAUCACCCAGUCCAGUUUUAAAUAAUAAUCAGACAAUAAAAUUAACAGACAGUAAAAUAACAGGUUCGUCGCUGUCAACUAUUCGGACAUCAAAGUCAUCUCGUUUAGCAUUACCGGAGGAACUUAAAUUGUUUACCGCCACCUCAACGACUGUUAAUAAAUUAAAAACACCAGAGCCGUGUAAAACUUGUGGCCGUCCUGAUCAGCCUGAACGAUUUCACAGCCAUCCAAAGGGUCUUCCUCUCAAGGGAAUUACUGAUAAUAAAGAUAAAAAUAAUAAUAAUAAUAAUACCAAUGAUAAUGUCAAAAAAUCUAUUCAAAAGCCAGUUGCUUUAAAUUACAAAAGCGAUAAAAAUAAAGAAAAAUCAACAAAAAAUAAUAAUAAUAAUAAAAAUGGCCAGGAUGAUUGUUUGCUUGAAAUAAAAGAUAAAAAAAAAUUAUUAUCACUCAAUAGUAGUGAUAAUAAUGAAAAUUACAAUAAAUUAUCACGUCCAGGUUCAGUUAAAAAAGGACCGAGAACGGUUACUUGUUACAUAUGCUCACGUGAAUUUGGCACUGCUAGUUUUCCGAUACACGAGCCAAAAUGCAUGGAGAAAUGGGAGCGUGAGAAUGAAGCAUUAUCUCCAUUAAAAAGACGUCCUCGUCCUCAACGACCAGAAUUGCCAUUAAAUCAUCACCAGUGGAACAACGUUGCCUGGGAAUUGUCUCAAACACAGCUACUUCCUUGUUCAAAAUGCGGCAGAACUUUUUUACCCGAUCGUUUACCGGUUCAUCAAAAAAGUUGCAAAAAUUCCAAGGAUACUGCGUCAGAUAAAUCAGACAGGACUGAAAAAUCGAGGAGCUUUACCAGUCAAUCGGGUUCCUCAACUAUUUUUUGUCAGACCUGCGGUCGUAAUUUCGGCGCAAGAACUAUUAAAAUACAUGAACCCCAAUGUUUAAAGCGUUGGCAUCAGACUGCUAACAACAUUUCAUCCGAUGAUAACAAAAAAAAACAAGAUAAAUCAUCUGGAAGCUGUUCUAAUAGUUUACGGGAAUUAAUGAAACCUACGACAACUUGUUAUAUAUGUGGUCGCGACUUUGGAUCAGUUAGUAUUGAUAUCCAUGAGCCGCAGUGCUUGAAAAAAUGGCACAUUGAUAAUGAUAAACUCCCACUGAGUCAACGUCGCUCUGAGCCAAUUAAACCUAUUUUAGCUGAUACUACGUUGGAUACAGCAAGCCCUGUAAUUAACUGGGCAGCAACGACCGAAGCUAAAUGGAAAUCACAUUUGGGUCAAUUAGUCCCUUGCAAAAACUGCAAAAGAACUUUCAAUCCUGAUCGGGUUGCUGUACACGAACGCACUUGUAAAGGUACACGCUAAUUAUAAAUUCAAGCAAUCUACAUACAUUUAUUAUUAAAAUUAUUUACUAUUGAAUUUUAUU